CUGCAGGGAUUUGCUCCAGGGUCCGAGUGGAGCUCCUCACCAGCUGGUGCGUCUGGGCUGGGACAGUGAAAAUGUUUAGUGUCAUCGGCGACAAAUACACAUACAAGGGACCCCAGUAGGCAGGCCGGUGUGUUGGAGGGCCAAGAGGCGAGGAGUGAAGCCUGACACAGGUGUGUGCCCGCGCACAGGGGUAGCUGGCCACAUGCGUGCACGCUUUAAGGAGAGACUUUAGUUUUGGUUUUUGUUUUGGUUUCUGGGGUGAACUUUCUGUUGACGGUUUUUCCCUCCUAGUCACAUUUUUUUUUUCGUUUUUAAAAAUCUGAAUAUAAAAAGUGAAAAGAGUGAAAUCUUUGAAAGGACGGAGGCGUGCAGUGGACAGCAGAUGGAUCCCGCGGCCAGCAGCUGUAUGAGGAGCCCCCAGCCCCCAGCCCCCGUCUGGGGCUGCCUUCGAAACCCCCACUCCGAAGGCAAUGGGGCCGCAGGGCUACCCCACUACCCGCCAACCCCGUUCUCCUUCCACCAGAAACCAGACUUCCCAGCGACAGCAGCGGCAGCGUACCCUGACUUCUCGGCCUCCUGCCUGGCGGCCACCCCACACAGCCUGCCCCGGGAGGAGCGCAUCUUCACCGAGCAGCACCCCGCCUUCCCGCAGCCCCCUGACUGGCACUUCCCUGUCUCAGAGGCCCGGCGCAGGCCCAACUCAGGCCCACCUGGGGGCUCCAGAGAGAUGGGGACCAGCAGCCCAGGCCUGGUGGACACCACAGGAGGCCCAGGCGAGGACUACGGGGUGCUUGGGAGCACUGCCAAUGAGACAGAGAAGAAAUCAUCCAGACGGAAAAAGGAGAGUUCAGGUCAAAGUGUGGUUCCAGAACCGAAGGAUGAAGUGGAAGCGCGUGAAGGGGGGUCAGCCCAUCUCCCCCCAUGGGCAGGACCCAGAGGAUGGGGACUCUGCAGCCUCUCCAAGUUCAGAGUGAGAUUCUCCGUGGAGAAUAAAAAAGACCGAGAACUGAGCCCUCUACCCAACUACUUUCACCCCCAUCCCACCUUCACCUUCUUCCCACUCAUCCCAGGGCAGCCUCUCCACAUCUUGCAUUGACCCUUGGAUAUAAAGCUGCCCAGAGUU